CGUGACCAAACAGACCCUGUUGAAAUUAUCAGUCCUUGCUUCUCUCCGUUAUAUAUUUUCUCAGUUAGAUUCCGGCGGAAGAUCCUCUCUCUCUCUCUCUCUCUCUCUCUCUCUCUCUCUCUCUCUCUCAGUUUGCUGUGGAUCAACAUCUAUGUCAACAUCUCGGAUCGCCUAUUUGAUCUUUCAGGUCUUAAUUUACAUUGCUCUGAUCGGAGCGGUGUUUCCGGAUACUUUAGCAGGUCAAAAAGGCUUCAUAGGAUCUUGGCCCACAUUUGAUUGCCCACAAUGUAUUGGCCAAAAGAUUAUUAGGUUGGAACAAGAGCAGACAAAUGCAGCUGCUGCAAUUAGCAAACAUUUGCCUGACAAGGAUAUUGACAUAAUAGUGACAUACAGUGACAUCUCCGGUGAUGUUCGAAUCAAGAGUGUGAAGUCAAAGGACUUGUCGGCUUCUUGGGUUUGGAAGAAUCCUAUUGAUGAUCAUACACAGAAUUCCAAGCCAUUUGCAAAACCAUUACAAUUUGACACGAGAUUUGAAGACAGUGAUGAUCAUUAUACUAAUGAAAGUUUAACUGGAGACGAAAUACAACAUCCUGUCGGUCCUCCAGUUCAUCCUCUGAAAAUAAAGCGUCAGAAGUUACGCCUAGAAAGGAGGAAGCGGCGAACUUUAGAGCUAAUCGAACAAGGCAAAGAGAUAGAAAACGAGAUGAAUGCAGCUGCAGCUGAAAGAGCUAAAACGCUGGACACUACUGUUAUGGGUAGAUACAGUAUAUGGAGAAUAGAAUACGAAAAUCCAAAUUCUGAUUCUACCCUGAAACUUAUGCGAGAUCAGAUCAUAAUGGCCAAAGCUUAUGCAAAAAUUGCUAAAGCUAAAAAUUAUGAUGAUCUCUAUGAUUCUCUGCUUGAACAUUCCAGGAAGAGUCAAUAUGCCAUUGGAGAUGCAUAUUCUGAUGCUGAACUACAGCCAUGUGCACUUGACCGGGCAAAAGAAAUGGGUCACAUCCUGUCUCUAGCAAAAGACCAACUAUAUGACUGUAUUGAAGUAGCAAGGACGCUAAGGGCCAUGCUUCAGAUGAAAGAAACAAAUGUACUUGAAAUGAAGAAAAAAAGUGCAUUCUUGACUCAGUUAGCUGCAAAAACAGUUCCAAGACCACUGCAUUGCCUGCCACUACUUUUAGCAACAGACUAUUUACUGCAGGGUUAUGAAAACAAGGAAUUUCCAAACAGUGAAAAUCUUGAGGAUAAUUCUCUUUUCCAUUACGCCAUAUUUUCGGAUAAUGUUCUUGCAACAUCUAUAGUCAUAAAUUCUACAGUGUUAAAUGCAAAGGAGCCUGAAAAGCACGUUUUCCAUGUAGUGACAGAUAAGUUGAAUUUUGUAUCAAUGAGAAUGUGGUUUCUUGUCAACCCUCCUGGUGGUGCAACUAUCGAGGUUAAGAAUGUAGAUGCUUUUACGUGGCUCAAUUCUUCAUAUUGUCCUGUUCUGCGUCAGCUUGAAUCAGCUCGGAUGAGAGAUUAUUAUUUUCAUGCACAUCAAGCAUCUUCCACCACCUCCGGAGCCGACAAUCUCAAGUAUAGGAACCCAAAAUACUUAUCUAUGCUGAAUCAUCUUAGGUUCUACCUCCCUGAAGUUUAUCCUAAACUAGAGAAAAUCUUAUUUCUGGAUGAUGAUAUUGUUGUUCAGAAGGAUCUAACACCUUUAUGGUCAGUUGAUUUAAAAGGGAUGGUGAAUGGUGCAAUAGAGACCUGUAAGGAGAGCUUUCACAGAUUGGAUAAGUACCUGAAUUUCUCUAAUCCAAAUAUAUAUGAGAAUUUUGAUCCAAAUGCUUGUGGUUGGGCAUUUGGAAUGAACAUGUUUGAUCUGAAAGAGUGGAGGCUCCGCAAUAUUACUGGCAUUUAUCAUCGCUGGCAAGACAUGAAUGAAGAUAGAACUCUUUGGAAACUUGGAACACUGCCUCCUGGACUGAUAACUUUUUAUAAUCUGACUUAUCCAUUGGACCGGACCUGGCAUGUGUUGGGACUUGGCUAUGAUCCGGCCCUCAACCAAACAGCAAUUCAGGAUGCAGGUGUGGUCCACUAUAACGGAAACUACAAACCUUGGUUGGAUCUUGCCAUAGACAAAUACAGGUCUUAUUGGUCUAAAUACGUUAUGUUUGAUAACCCAUAUCUUAAACUUUGCAACAUUGGCUAGUAAUUGUUGCUUAUGCACAAUACUUGCUACGUUAUUUGUUGCACGGUUGCUUCUCAGCAUCUCUGUCUUGUACGUAACAUGCUACGAAGCUCUGCAUAUACAAGCUCCAAAUGCCCUCUGACUCCAAUGAGAUUGUCAGCUUGUGCAGAAUUGAGUGUAGAACUGAUUAACCAGGUAGAGGCGUUGAGCGUUGAGGCGAUUCUCUAGUGCAGAUUGCAGACUGAGGAUAGUAUACAGGGUUGAGAUAGGCACUAACCAAUAAUAGUUUCAACAGUGGGUUUUGUGAUAUUAGAAGAAAAAUAUAUGUAUGUGGUGUAAAUUCUCGUUUCUGGGUAACUUCUAUUAUAUGUGAUGAUCCAGAGGUAAAACAAUAUAUGAUGUGUGAAUUUUCAUUUUCUUGUAUA